AUGUUAGCUUUCAUGCAGAUACUCCUACGCGCUAUCUUCCUCUUCUCUCUUAUUACCUCAGGAAUCGCUGAAGAGGAAGAGGAAGAGAAGAAGGAAUAUGAUCCUAUCGAGAACCGUCGUCCCACAAACGUGACCGGGCUCGGCGACUUUUACAGUUGGGUCGGAUCAUACUAUAAUGCUACGGUAGAGGCCGAGUUCGUAGUCGAUUUCACUCCUUGGGUUGAACCAUCUGAGCAAUGUGAGGAGGUCAGGAACUUCUCCACUACCGUCAAAUAUGAUGCCAUCCUCAGCGUUCUAGAGCAUCAACCCUUGAACCCUGGAAAUAAUUCACUACAAUUCUGGCUUACGCUUAUGCCGCAAACCUCUGGGCCUACCAAUGUCUCUGACCUCGGUGAAUGGUGGAUGCGCGAUGGAGAAAAUCGCUCCUAUGUUUACUCGGCUCAACCACUUGAUACUCCUGUCUAUAGACCUUACAAGGGCCCUGACUACUUCAACUUUACAACUACCCAGGUCUCAGGAGGAGCUUACAAAAUUACUAAAUCAUUGGCAGGGCUAGAAGCCGCGAGCUGGCAGAAUAUGAAGAUACCAGUCUGCAAUAUUACCGAAUGGAAGGAUGAGUGGAAAGUUGUAAUCUUGGACGAGGGAAUGUACUUCACGCAAGACGAAGGUCUUUGGACUGGGCCGGUUGAAUAUCACUACCCCAAGACCAGCUUACAGUUCGAUGACAAGACAGCCAAUCUGACCUUCGAUGCCUUUUGGCAUGCAAGUGCGAUCAGGCAACCGAAUUAUCGCGAGGUUGUAGAUAAUCCGGCGCUUCCUACAUGGGGGCAUACCAGAGUGAUUGGUCGCGUCUCCUUCAACUUCUCUGGUGUUCUUGAUGAAUACCACUCCGACAUUCUGAGUCUUGACAAUUCUCUACCUGUGUGGCAGCGUACAGUUGGGUUCGGAAACAAUUCUGCCAAUAUUGGUUAUGGUGAUACUUCUGAUAGCAGGGGCAAGAGAACGGUUGGCAGGGCUAGCUUAGCUUUGAUGGCUGUCAUUGUAUCAAUUGGAAUAGUCCUAUAG